GAAUAAGAGCUCAAUAUUAUUGCUACCUAGCCUCCCUAAUACUAAAGGGGGCCUCUUCUUAUAUACCUAACUGCUAAACUAUCUCCACUCCUUCGGGGUAACUUCUACCCUAGUGCUACUUUGCCCCUGACAAUUGGCAGCCCAUAAAUAAGUCUAGCCUACUCUGACCUAAUGCUUCAGUGACGGGAUAGUUUGAGCCUAAUUCCCGGUAUACAGCACAAACCGAACAUCACCAUAUGUAAAGCUUCCUAGUGCGGUGGCUUAACAGUCGAGCUAGAGCUUACCUCCUCGUGCAAUACCAACUUGACAUUGGAUUACAGCUGGGAAUACUGUAACAUUUUCCCCUCAUCUACCCCCCCAGAUCCACACUACCAAACCGCACAUCCAGCGUGAUGCCGAGGACGGUCCUUAUCACGGGCUGUGGGCCUGCGGGGAUUGGCCAUGCCCUGGCCAUCGAGUUUCACCUCCGAGGUCAUCGUGUUUUUGCUUCCGGCAUUUCCGAAGAUCAAGUUGCAUCAUUGAAAGUCCUUCAGGUUGAAACACUUGUUCUUGACGUUACAUCUAGCUCUUCCAUAGAUGCUGCCGUGGCUCAUGUCUCAGGCGCCACGGGUGGAAAGCUCGAUAUACUGGUCAAUAACGCGGGCGUAAUGCACAUUAUGCCAUUUGCCGACACGGAUGUUGAAGAGGCGCGGUUGUUGUUCGAAGUUAACAUUGUUGGGGUAUUUGCUGUCACUAAGGCGUUUUUGCCCCUUUUGCUCGCAGCUGCAGGUACAAAUGAGAGUGCUGGUCGGCCGUAUGGCUCUCUUGUCGCAAACAUAGGGAGUGUGAACGAAGUCUUCCGGCCCACGUUCUUCGGAAUCUAUAAUGCAUCUAAAGCCGCCGUUGAGGCGCUAAGCGCAACGAUUAGGACUGAGCUUGCGCCGUUGGGGGUUCGGGUGGUUACUGUUAAGACGGGCAGUGUUCGUAGCCCAUUGUUCGACAAUGCGCCCCCAACAAAGCUUCCAAAAGAUAGCUUAUAUCAACCGGCCAAAGAAUGGAUCGAGGGGCGCAAGAUGCUGAGCACGGGGAAUUUCAUUGAAGCAGACGAGUACGCGAGGAAAGUGGUCACUGAGCUCUUACGUCCUUCUGUGAAGCAUGUUAUCUGGGCUGGCGGUUUAUCCACUAUUGCAUGGCUGCUAAGUUGGAUAGGAUGGGAAGGAAUGCUUGACAGUAUAUAUAUCAGAAGCAACCAAUUAGAGAAGAUCCAAAAACGAUCUUAAUACGUAUAACAAGGGCCGGAAAUUAGGGAUUGGGGUUGAAAUGAAUGAAUACAAUAAUCUGCUAGGUGUCAGGAAUGCAGUACGAAGUAUGCAGUAAUCUUAUCAUUGUGGUACAAAGACGAAAGGGGUCAGAAGUCUGAAGGCAUUCAGACUUCUCUAGCUAUAUACAGUGUAUCUCUUUGUU